GGCGCCUGGCCUCUUUGGAUCUCGACCGGCCGCUCCGCAGCAUGCGCAAGGUUCGCUUCCACGUGCAGAGCUGCUCGGGCGAAGACCCCGCGGGCCCCGCAGCGCUCCUCAACGAGCAUGACAACACGGGUACCGGGUACCUCACGCCAAAGAACUGCGAGUACCCGCAGGAGCUCGUGAUCGAGCUCGAGGCGACAGCGCGCAUCACGCAGAUCCAAGUGCUUUCGCACCAGUGCUACAUUGCGACCAAGAUCGAGCUGUACCUCUCGACGGACGGCGCGGCCUUCUCGCGGCUUGGCUUCUUGAGCCUCAAGUCCAACAAGGAAAGCCAGUACACGGCGCGGGAGCUCAAGACGGUGCAUAUCGAUGCGUUCACACGCUUCAUCAAGCUCAAGCUGCACCAGUGCUACAUCAACGAGAAGAACUUGUACAGCCAAGUGGGCCUCGUCGCGAUCAACAUCAACGGCGAGGUGCCAGAGGAAGCCGCGCACGAGGUCGAGCUCGACUCGCUCAGCCACGUCCACCAGCCACUGCCGACCGCGCCGACGCCGACGCGGUCCGUGUCCAAGGCCAAGAGCCAGCCGCCCAAGGACGCAUCGCCAUCGACGUCGGCGUCCAUGGAUGACAUGCGCUUUGAUGCCAAGACGGCGGCCAAGAUCCGCGAGAUCCACUUGGCGAAAGAGAAGGCUGUCGCCAUGGAAGACUACGACCAGGCCAAGCGCUUGAAGGCGCUCGAGGAGCAGCUCAAGAGCGUCGGCCUCCAGCUUGCUCGGCUUGAGGCAGCCAAGCGCGACGCUGUCGAGAACGAAGACUAUGACGCUGCUAAGCGCAUCAAAGAUGAGAUCGCGCAGCUCGAGAACGAGCUCAGCCUCGGCGUGAACGCACCGGCGCGCCCCGCGGUCGACUCGAGUCGGGUGCCGCUACCAACGUCGUCGCGGGUGCCAGCCAAGCAAACCAGUCGCACCGAGCACGUUGAAAGCGGGUACCCGCCGGCUGUCCCGUCGCUACCAAAACCGGCGCCGCGCAAAGCGCCGCCCGCCGUCGUUGUGCAAGAGGCACCGUCGCACGUCGCCGAUGACGGCGAUGACGACGCGCACCACGCGGCACCGACGUCGGGCGGACCCAACCCGCAUUUUGAAGGCCUCGACGACGUUGACGACCUCGGCGAUCCCGAGCCGCUCCCGUCGGCGCUCGAGAAGGAGAGCGCCGAGAUGAUCGAUGUCAUCGGACUCUACCUGACGCAGUGUUUUUACAGCAACGUGUGGAACCACAGAGACGCUGCGCUGCGCAAGAUCCAGCUCGAUGUGCCCGCGUACGAAGUGUCGCCCGAGAGUGUUCUCUCCGUCCUCUCGACGCUCGUGCAGAGCGGGGUGGGCGACCGCAUCUCGCAGGUGUCGCUCUCAGCGCUCUCGCUAUGCGAUGCGAUGCUGCAGUACGCCCAAGACCACGCCGACGUGCUUGGGGCCGAGGCCAUCGCGCACACGUUUGCCAACCCCAUCGUGCAGCUGGUCAACAAACUUGGCGAGCCGCAGGCCAAGAUUCGCGACGAAGUCACGGCCGUGUUGCUCAAGCUCGCGGCGGCCGACGACGUAGGGACGAACGUCGUUGGUGGUCACGUCUGCCGUCGCACGACCAAGAAGGCCCUCGCCAUCAAGCAUCUGCAGGGUCGAUUGGGCCUUGUGAAGGACCUCCUUCUGCAGUUUGGUCCCACGGCCGAGGAGUUUUCGCUACCUGGGAUCAUGACGUUUUUGGAAGAGAAUGGCGCGUUUGCGCACCAAAGCAAGGACAUUCGGGAGCUGGCAAAGGACAUCACGGUGUUCCUGCAUCAAGUAGUCGGUGGUGCGGACGUCGAGCCAUUUCUCAAGUCGCUGCGGCCAAAGCAGCUCGAAGAGUACGAGGCGGCGUUCGAAGCGGCGUCGGCCCCGAAGAAGAAACCGGCGCCAGCCUCAAAAGCACCGGCGCCCGCCUCCAAAGCACCGGCCUCGCGAUCGCGCGCGCCACCGGCGCAGGACGCUGGCAGUGACACGGACUCGAACGCAUCGGUGGACGACGGCACGUGUCCGUUCUGUGACGAGCACAAUGACGCGUUUGACAAUGAGCGGCUCGACCAGCAUUUCUGGGCCGAGUGUCCGAUGCUCACGCAGUGCAAAAUGUGUGGCCAGGUCAUCGAGAUAAGCACGCUCAACGAGCACUUGCUUGUCGAGUGCGAGCUCAAGCAAAACCACAAGGAGUGUCCUACGUGCCACGAAGCCAUCACUCUCAAGUACUUUAACCAGCACGUCCAAGAGAACGACUGUGUGCCGAUGCCCGACCCCGCCGACGGCAACCGGUGCCCGUUGUGCCACGACGACAUUGGCCCACGCAAGCGCGGGUGGAAGACGCACUUGCUCCACGAGCGUUGCCCUCAAAACCCGCGAACGAUGAGCUCGUAA